AUGGCAGACAACAAGGCCCAUUACAAGUGUGCAAGUUCUAUUGCCCUUCUAGAGGGACGCGCUUCGUUGGAGCUCCCUGGUGAUAUCAUAAGCGCCAGCACUCUGGGCGCUCUCGAUAUUCGUCUCAGAAGAGUAGAAGCGUUUUACGACGUCGCACUUCCCCCGGCAUGCCAGGCACCCGCGUGGGACACACUUGCGUACCGCGUCUUCCGCCUCAUCAAGGCCUACAGAACCUUUCCUCCGCCUGCUACAGGAGGCAUGUUUACGCCGAAGCACUUUCUGGAGCUCGUUCCAAAUCCGAACAACGUGUCUUCCGAAACUCUUCAAACUCUUUGCUCCGACCUCGGGUAUAGAAGUUACAACUGGACCAAAAGUCUGGCACUUGCCAAUCCUUCCGAUGAACUCAGCGUGUACUGUCAAAUCUGUUGCUAUUAUGCGGGAAAGUCUAAACAGCUUCGCGUUGUCGCCAUUCCGACUACUCGGGCUGAUAUCUAUGGUCUCCUGGCCGUCCUCUCAGUUGAGAACGGGCCGGCAAUCAAGCAACCCAUGAGUCCGCCUAUCCCACCACCAUUCGCACUCGGAAAGAUCCCUCCCGGGGUGACUGUUGUUAACGCAGCGCCCUACCGCAAGAAGAAGACUCCAAAGCGUUCCAUACUUUCCAAGUUCUCGUGGAUGAGAAAGCUGGCAUUUUGGCGAAAGAGUCGCAGCGACGAUAAUUCGUCCAUUUCCAGCUCCAGCAGCUCCAGCAGCUCAGGCAGCUCCUCGAGUAGCACCAUUUCCUAG